CUAUCCAGCUUGAUGAUCUGGUGCCCCGCUACCCAGCCUGAUGACCCGAUCCAGCCUGAUGACCCGGUGUUCGUGAUCCAGCCUGAUGACCUGGUCCGGCCUGGUGCCUUGGUGCCCCCGUGGGUCCGGCCUGGUGCCUUGUGCCCGUGGAUCGACCUUGGUGACUCAGCGCCCGCUGUCGUGCCAGAUGACCUCGGUGCCCGCUCUGUCAUGCCAGAAAGACUAGGUGCCCGCUGUCGUGCCAGAUGACUCGGUGCCCGCCUGUCGUGCCAGAUGACUCGGUGCCCGCUGUCUUGCCAGAUGACUCGGUGCCCACUGUCGUGCCAGAUGACUCGGUGCCCGCUGUCUCGCCGAUGGCCCAGUGCCCGCUGCCUCGUCUGAUGGUCCGGUGCCCACUGCCCCUGUACCUGCAUCCUGUCUGCUUCCUGCCUGAUCCUGACUCUGAACGAACUCUGCC